CUCAGUUCAGAUUUGACAUCGGAUCAGUACUCGAGUCCCAACGGGUGAUCCUUUUUUGUUUUCCUUUCCUUUUUCCCAUUAGGUACAUUUUCAUCCACCUUCUUUCUAUUCUCGCCAUUGUUCCUUGGCCCAAUCUUUGCCUUGGUGCAUAGCAAACAGCAACUACGACAAGCCGGUCUUCUCCAUCUCGGGUUAUCCAACAACAAAGACAAGAAAUUCCGUUGUUUGCUUUGACCUUUUACCUUCUACCCCACUUCUAUUCUUCUCUCUUCUUUGCCUACAGUCGGCAGCAGACAAGGAAAGCGAAUAAAGCCAGGUGCCACUAUUACAUCAGAUACGAGAAAAGUCGAGGUUCCAGACUCUGUUCACUUGCUCGUCAACAAUCUUUUUUUUGUUCUCGACCCUCACACAAACACGCCAAACCGACGUGUAACUUCGAGGACAAUCUCUUUAUUCAUCUUCUUCCAUUCUACUCACGGACAAUCAAUCAUUGUCCUAUUGUACACAUUGUAGCCGCGUGUGCGCGUACAUAAAAAGGGACCAACGACAGUCACUUGUUACAUCCGUCAACUUGGCAUUUCUCUUUUUCUCCAUACCAACUUUUACCAGUCAACAAACCACACCAGAUCAUAUCUUCAGAUCAGCCAUCAUCAAGCUUUUCAUCUGCUUUACUUUUCUAUCUGAUCAACAACUCACCAGAUUACCAACACAACGGCAUCAACUAGAAAAGAUGCCCUCUCUCUUGAGCACCGCAUCUUUGGCCUUCGCGCUGGCCGCGUCGGUCGUUAACGCCCACAUGGAGAUGAGCUUCCCUGCUCCUCUCAGGUCGAAGUACAACCCCGCCGCCACAACCAAGGACUCGGACAUGGUCUCGCCCCUGUCGUCUUCGGGCUCCAACUACCCUUGCAAGGGAUACCUGUCCGACCUGGGCACACCCGGCGGCAAGCCUUCUGCGAGCUUUUCCCCGGGUCAAAAGUCGAACAUGACCAUCAUGGGCGGUGCAGCCCACAAUGGCGGCUCGUGCCAGGCGUCGCUCUCGUACGACAAGGGCAAGACUUUCAAGGUCAUCCAGUCGUGGAUCGGAGAGUGCCCCGUCAGCGGCGGCUCCAGCUUCGACUUCACUAUCCCCUCCGACGCCCCUGCCGGUGAUGCCGUCUUUGCCUGGACUUGGAACAACAAGGUCGGCAACCCAGAGCUCUACAUGAACUGCGCCGUCGUCACCAUCGGAGGUGCUCCCAAGAACCGCGUCCGUGGCAUGCAGCCCCAGGCCCGUGCCGCUGUCCCCUUUGCACAGCGCCCGGCUCCCUUCCUCUCCAACAUUGGUAACGGCUGCAAGACUGAGAACAUGGUUGUCGACUACCCCAACCCCGGCCCCGACGUCAUCCGCAAGGGCACAGCUACCAAGCCUAGCUGUGAUGGUGGCGCUGGCCAGGCUGCUGGUGGUCCCAGUGAUGGUGGUGCCGGUGAUGGUGGUGCCGGUGGCGAUGGCGGUGCAGCUCCUGCCCCGACCUCUUCGGCGAACCCUGGCAUUCCCGCUGCACCUUCCUCGGCCAACCCUGGAAUCCCAACUCCUUCUUCAGCUAGCCCCACCCCGACUCCCAGCGCUGAUCCUAACGGCACCGUCCCGGGUGGUGUCUUCAUCACCGCCACGAAGCCCGGCGCCGCUGCCCCGACCGCCCCGGCUGGUGGUGCUAACGGCACCAGCCCUACUCCUGCCCAGCCCGGCGGCGCGGCUCCCACCGGCUCCGCUCCCCCAUCCGGCGGUAACGGCGGCGGCAGCACUGCUCCCGUCUCGGGUCAGCAGAGCGGCGCCUGCACCGACGAGGGCGCAUACUUGUGCCUGGCUGGUACCAGCUUCCAGCGCUGCGCCUCGGGCAGCUGGUCCUCGCCGAUCCCCAUGGCCCCGGGCACUUCUUGCACCCCCGGCCAGUCCGCGACGCUCUUUGGUCGCUCCAACAACAAGGUGCGCCGCAGCGGUGCGCGCAAGUUCAACUCUGCUUGGGCUCAGGCUUAGUGGGCACAUGCUUAAGUGAUGUUCGAACAUUGCGUGCGCGUGAGCACACAGAACGACAAACUUUCUCUUCUCUUCCAUUCAUGGACAAACCUUUUUGAAAACCACCUUUUUUUCUCCUUGACAAUGUACUAUUUUCUUCUUUCAUUUGCAAUCUCUUGAUACCCCGCUACACAGAUACCUCUGGGAUUCAUGGCGGACUUGUGUUUCUUUGGUCGUUUUUCUCCACCUCAACUUAUCUUCCUAGGGUCGGCGACCUUUUAGGUUUGAUCAUUCCUUCUUUUUCUACUUCAUAGGGACGGACGGUCUGCAUAAACACAUAAAACAGUGUGUGGCUGGCGUUUUUCAUUGUUUUUUUUCUUUCUUUCUUUGAAGGAUUCUGUUAUACCUGUCAUGAUUUCUCAAAAGAAAAACCUCUCCUUUUUACCUCAUAACGAAACAAAAUGAUACAAAAAAGAUAGGCUUUCUUCCUCCGUGUGCGUUAGAGCACCAUGGAAAUACAAAAAAAAAGAUCUCACCAUAACUGCUUG